AUGCGGCGCGACUUGUGCGCACACGCGACCGGAGAUCUCAUUCAGCAGUUGGAAGCGCUAGGGAUCGAAAUUCCCCCACAGGACACAGGCCGGGUAACAGAGGGGGGGGCAGUGGUGCGGGAGAGGAAUGCUGGUAUGGAAGAUGUGAGGCAAGCACCGGUCACUCAAGCCGGGGAUGACGCACGGGUAACGGCGAUGAUGAGAGAAAUGGCGACUUUGAAGAACGAUGUGAUGUACCUGGACGCAAGCUUCACCGUCAUAGCCAGUUUUGUGGGAUUGAGGCGCGACAAGGUGGUGUCCGCUGCAACCCAACUACUGAUGCAAGGCAACCCCGUGAGAUCCGGCGCGAAAGCAGAGGCAGGUGGAACCAAGAAUGCCCCACACACUCCACAGCGUCCAUCCGGUCGCAAGAGGCGUGAUGACAGUAGUCUAGAGGAGGAUGGCGUAUGCAAUGCCACCCGUGUUGUGCUAGCCUCCUCGUUCGCUGCAUGUGAUCCGACAGCGCGCUUGCUGCAAAGCCCGCUGCUGUUGGGAGGAACCAUACCUCACUGGAUGUUCACCCGCGGGAGACCGCUGCUCGGGGUGACGGUGCCGGUUGGAGCUGAUGCGUGGGGAGAUACGAGCGGCUACGAGACGGUGAAGGCAGAAGAAGAAGAGGAUCUCGUGUCAGACACUGAGGACGAAGAGGAUGAUGACGGCACAGGUGCAGAUAGUGCUUCAUCGUCCGAGCGCAAUGAAGAGGAUGGCGAGGCAGACUCAGAUACAUCGGCCUCAGCCUCACCGGAAGAAUCCGGCGAACCUACCACUGGAGGGAAGACGGCCGACGAUGGGUGUGCGGGAACCGCUUCACCCACAACAGACGGGCGCGAAAGUCGGGGCGCGGGGGAGACGGAUGUGUUUCGGGGCGAGGGCCGAGGACAUGUGGAUGGGCAUGUGGACCGUGCAUGCGGGACCCCAGUGGACACCGACGGCGAUGACGCUCGGAAGAAGAGAGACCCGGAGCAGGGGUGCAUGAACCCGAAGCAUCAGCGUGGCGAGACAUGGAGCGGCGGGUCGGACGAUGACGGAGAGGACGACGAGGAAGAUACGCAUGGUUCUGGUGGUCGUCAUAUGCAUACUGCAAAGUCUCCUAUUCUGCAACGCGCGUUGGUGCAUCUGCCGACAGACAAGGCGUGGAAGCGGGUUUGCAAGCUGGCCAGAGUUCACAUGUUUCUCAACAGGCCCACGUCGUCGAUGACCUUCUACCCGAGCAGUGACGAUAAGACUCACGGAGUGUGUGCGGAGCUGGACCGCCUGCCUCACAGCUUCACCUGUUUGGCGUUGGCGGCUGACAAGUCGCGACGGGCGGAUCUCAACAAGACGCUGUCGGAGUGGAAGACAGAGGCUGCCGCUCGCGUGCGAGACAUUGCACUUCCCAAGCUUGGCCUGUUCCGGGACGACAGGGACGCAUCCAGCCCGUGGGCACCUGAAAAGGAGCGUAGUAUCGAGAAGAUAAGCGAGCGCAUUGGGCUUGGCGCUGACCCCCCUGAAACUCUAGUGCUGACGAGCUGGGCCCACGACAGGGAUGGCAUGCCAUUUGCCUCCCGGGCGUUUGCGACAUGUGCGAAGGCUGCCUUCAAGCCGAAGAAGGCAGGGCUGGUGAUGACCCUUAAGGUCUGCGACUGUGUCCUCUACUGGGAGGCGCGGAAAGGCCGGCUCUCCAACUCGGCGGGCGGGAACGCCCACGUUGUGGAUGGGCUCAAGGUCCUGGUCAAGGAGGCCGUGGAGAGGGCGAUCCGUAUCCGCAAUCCCGAGUAUGACGCGGAGCGCGAGGCGUGGAUUUGGGGGCGCCAUGGCCUGCGCAUCUCUGCGUGCGGCCUGGAGCACAUGAAGCCCGCGACCUCUGCCCAGUCCGAAGGCAACGUAGGGGAUGACGACCUUUCGGCGUCACUUGGUGCUGAGUAG